AUCGAGCGCUCCACCCAGGCGACGGUCGUGCACCCCCACCCCCUCUUGGGCCGCAGCCGCACUUUCCUCUGAUAAAAGCCGCGCUCCAAGUCUGGCACCGGCCUAUAGUCCAGCCGCCGCUGCAACAUGAGACCGGUUUUGGCGUUGUUAUUGUUGUCGGCCGCGUGCGCCUCGGCGCAGCAGCAGCAGGAGUACGACUACGCGGACUACGCUGAGCAGCCUGCCGCCCCCAGAGCCGCCCCCAGGGCCGUUGGCAGACCCUUUGGAGUCCAACAACCGGCCACUCCCAAACCCACCCCUGUUCCUAUUCUCAAGCAGAUCAACAAGCACAACGAUGACGGUUCCUACACCUACGGCUUCGAGGGCGCCGACGGCACCUUCAAGAUUGAGACCAAGUUUGCCGACGGCGCCGUCAAGGGCAAGUACGGCUUUGUUGACGACACCGGCAAGGUGCGCACCGUUGAGUACGGCGCCGACCGUUACGGAUUCCAGCCGGUUGGCGAGGGCAUCACCGUCGCCCCUCCAACCCUGAUCGACGAGAGCCAGGUUGAAGAAGAGGAAGAGCAGCAGCAGUACGUCCCCCGUCCCGCCGCCCCCAGGCCCAAGAAGCCCAAGCAGCCCCGUCCCGUUCUCCAGCAACAACCCAUCGUCGCCUACCAACCCGCUCCCGCUGCUCCCGUUCAGCAAUACAACCCUCCCGCCCCUCAGCAACAGUUCGCUGCCGCCCCUCAACCUUCGGGCGGUGCCUACAAUCAGCAGAUCAACUUUCAGCAGCGACCCCAGCAGCAGCAAUACCAGGUUGUUGAGUCUCAGGAGCGCGCUCCCGUCCCUCCCCGCCGCAUCCAGGUCGCCGGCGCCGCUCCCCUCCCUCCCAGGGCUCAGAUCCCAGGAGCCGCUCCCGCCGGACGUGUGGCUGAGGCUCCCAGGGCCGGUCCCACUCCCGCUCGCAGAGUUCCGGUAGCGGGAGCCGCUCCCGCUCCUCUGCAGCCCCAGCAGCAGUACUACCAACCGCAGCAGUUCCAGCAGCAGGCCGCUCCCGCUCGCCAGGUCGCUGCCCAGCCACCCCAGCAGCAGUUCUUCCAGCCCAACCCUCAGGCGUACCAACAGCAGGCCGCUCCUGCUCCCACUCACUUCCAACCCGCUCCUGCUCCGGCCCGCAGCCUCCCUCAGCAGCAGCCACCCCGUGCCAGGGCGUUCCCCGCCGGAGGCAGCGUGCUUGACCAGCUGGCCAAGGACUACGCACUGCCCAAGGGCGGACACGUGCUGCACGACAUCACUUUCAGUGGUUUCUAGAUGUUGGGACUUGGUGGGCUAGAACACUUUCCGAGAGGAAAAGAAAACGAGUGCCAAUUCCGAUUUGUACCCAAUUUUAUCAUCCAUUUAUAUUAUAUGUAUCUCAAGUUUUCAUAUAUUGUCCUAUAGAGUCACUCGGGAUUGCGUGAUUCGCAGAAAUUUCAACGUGUGCGUCAACGAUAUUCGCACACGAGUGAUUAUUUCAGUGAGAGUUAUGCUAAUUUUUUUAUUUGUUUGUUUUUCUCCAAGGAAAGCAGAGAGCAAGGAAUGAAAAUGAAUAGUUGUACAUUGACGAAAAUAAAAAAAAAUUUGUGUGUCUUAUAUAA